AUGGGUUCAACCGGCACUCGCAUAUCACUUAGCUUCGACGGAUUGCUCUUCGACUUCGAUGGAACAAUUGUAGAUUCCACGGCCGCGGUUGUGAAACAUUGGCAUAUAAUAGGAGAAGAGAUCGGAGUUGAUCCGAAAGUGAUCUUGCAAACGUCCCACGGCAGAAGAAGCAUUGACACACUCAAGAUCAUUGCUCCUGAAAAGGCAACUUGGGAAUAUGUUAGCAUGAUUGAAGGGCGAAUCCCAAAGGACCUUGGAACUGAUGCUACUGAGAUACCCGGUGCAAGACGGCUUCUAACCGCUCUAGAAGAGGCCGGAGCACCAUGGGCUGUUGUGACGUCUGGCAGCAAUGCGUUGAUUACCGGCUGGCUCGGCGUCCUGCAGCUCGCGCACCCAAAGUACCUCGUUGUUGCAGAGGAUGUGCAGGUUGGCAAACCAGAUCCUUCCUGCUAUCUACUAGGUCGUUCGCGGCUUGGCUUGGAGCAUAGUGAUUCGAUGCUCGUGAUUGAAGACGCUCCCUCGGGUGUCCGCGCUGGGAAAGCCGCUGGGUUUAAAGUUCUCGCGCUCGCCACAACACAUGGGGUAGAGGAGCUGAAGGAGGCUGGAGCAGAUUGGAUCAUCAAAGAUCUUGACAGUGCCUCAUUCAAGAAGUACACUGAUGGCAAGGUCGAGCUCGAAGUCUGGGAUACACUUCAAUAGCGCUUAACCGCCUCGACAGGGGGUGUUGGAGAUAGGGUUA